AAAAAGAAAGAUUAAAUGAUGAGGAAAUAAAUAUUUCACAAACAUGUGAUAAAAAAUUUAAAAAACGAAAACUUUCCAACAAUUUAAAUGCUAAUGAUAAAGAACCUGAUCCAGGUUCUCAAUAUCAAAAAGAGUGUA